AUCCAAGAAAAUGUUAGUCGGCCUUAGCGAACGAAAGGUGUGAAUGAUCGAACUUCAUAUCAAGCUAUCCAGUGUGUCGGGUGCUGAAUAGGCUUGGGAAACAUCUCUCUGUCAAGUUGAAAUCCUCAAGUUCAUUAACCUGCUACGCCAUCUGCUCCCGAGAUUAAACUUAGUUUUUCUGUCUGAUUUGGUGGAAAUCGAACCGUUAAUAUGGAAGAAGGUACCGACAAAGCCGUACUUCUUAUGCUUGAUGUGCCCCCAUCUGCACUAUGUGGCAUAGACCUACUCUCCUUUACCACAUCACCACGCUUUCAUGGAAUCAAGCAUUUGCCACCGGGUUUGCAUUUCGUUUUCACAGCAAUCAAUAACUCAUCUUCUGUUCGUCACGGGGUUUGGCUAAGAGUCGAGCGCCCAAGCUCGCAACCGGCAGAGGUAUUGAUCAAGAAAUGGGACGCGGAAAAAGAGGAGCUCGUUGACGAGAAGGACGAAGCUGAGCAACUCCGGUGGAGAGCCAACCUUGGUGCAAUCUGGCGAGAAGGACUUAGUCCAUACCGUCAAACCGUGGGGCAAAGGGACGAUGAUGAGCCUGUUGAGGAAACAAACGAUUGGCAAGCACUGACCGACUGCAUUACUCCCACAUUACUGACGAGGAUCACGCGGGGCGACUGGAGUCACUGGGCACUAAGUUCCGCAAGUUCUGCAAAAGAGGAUCUGGAGGAGAUUGCCGGUCUACCGAGCAAUGCGGCUGGCGAAGAACCCGGGCAUGAGCUCCAUUUUCUGCCCGUCGACCUUCGACGGACAUGGCGGGAAGGAGCUAUCGGCCGUGAGCGGACAGAAGGUGCCCAGGACCGUUCUUGGGCAUUGGGCUUCAUCAUCGACAGGCAUUGCUCAUUUCGCCUGGAGAAUGAGAUUAUUGGCGAAUUGCAAAUGACUUUCCUCAUGGUCCUGACGUUGGGCAACUACUCGUGUCUUGAACAGUGGAGACGGAUCGUCAGUCUUCUUUUUACGAGUCGUUCCGCUACCAAGACUCGGCCGGACCUGUUUGUGCGCUUCCUCAAGGCCCUCAAAGUGCAACUCCAACAUUGUGAUGAUGUUGAUGGAGGCCUUUUCGACCUCACGGAUGAAGGGGGCGUGAUGCUCAAGCGACUCAUCAGGAGUUUCAGAAGAUGGGUCGAAGAAUAUGACGAAGACGAUGUCGGUACCGUGCUCGAUGCUCUAUCAGAGCUUGAAGAGUUUCUGAAGUCAGAGUAUGGCUGGGAUUUAACGGGCUCCUAUCUUCGCAGGGGUAUGCUCGAGUUGGAAGAUGGCGAACAGGUUGAGGUCGAGAUCGAUGAGUACGACUAUGACGAUGAGACUGGGGAGUACGCGCCUGUUGUUGUGGAUCUUCCUGAAGAUUAUGCCUCUUUAAGGAUCGACGACAGUUAGUCAACUUCUCGACCUUAUACCUCUUCCUGGUCUGCCGGUCCCAUCGAGCCCCUUUUUUUUUUCCUUUAUGGGUAUUCUUUGCUAGCACACUUGGGAGUUUAUGGUCUUCUUCUUAUCUUCCAGGCAUAUGGGCGUAAAAUCCAGGAUCCGGCGUAUAUCACUUGGAGCCGGUCUAAAUUUGAUAGAUUUCUGCGCGAAGGGUGUUACGGAGUUUUCUCAAGAGCAUUUGAAUUGCUUUCACGUGCUUCACGGGGCUUGGGUGGUGGCUCUUGUAUCCUUUUAUUGCAUACUUUAUUGCCGUGAUACGGGUGUUCUUGUAUUUUAUGACUGCAAAAGCACCGCCGAGGAUAGUUUAGUCAAAUGUACAAUCAAAUGCUGGGUCGCAUUAGCUUUAGCUGUAGUGCU